GCUACUGGCUGUGGCUGGCUUGUAACUCUUGACGGCUAUGUUUGGGAUGAGGAUAAGGAAUUGUAGUUCGGGAUUUUGACAAAGAAGAGUUUUGAUAUUACAUUGAAAUUCGUUUUGUUUCGGUAACCUUUUUAUUGAUUUGUCUUUUAAUACCCUGUAAAUUUACUUCUACUCAUUUACAAAUUCAUUUGAAUUUAAUCAUCAGUGUAAGUUCAGUGGGUAUUUCCCCACCAACAUGUCAGAACAUCACUUGGAAGAUCCUGUUGGGAUCAUCCAAAAAGAUGACAGUGACGGGGAGAUCCCAGAGGCGGGGGAGGAAGAUUACGAUCCUGCCGAAGACACUCUUCAGAUAACUGAUAUUCAUGAAACUACUGAAUUUACAAACAAUCAAGAUGUGUCUGUGAACUUAAUGGAUUUCAGUUUGGCACCCAUGUAUCAGCCAUCGUUAGAAUCACCAUUUUCAAUUCAGCGACUAUUACCUUCAAAUCUCCAAAAUAGUGGUUCGGAAUCACAAAACUUACAAACCGAAUUAGCCUUGCUUGGCUUUAACUGUGAUAAACAGGCAGAAGAGGAAGAACAGCUGGAAUUUGGUGAAGAAAAUCAAUCAAGCGAAGGAAUCUUAAGUCCACAAUCAACACAAGAUACCCUCCAAUCCUCUGAUUUACAAGUGGUCAAUGAACAUGUGAUAGGAAACUUAAGCAUGAAAGUACACCUAAACCAUUCCUCCUACAAUAGUAAAGAGUCGUAUGUAGAUGAAAAACAUACUGAUAUUGAAUCUCCUGCUAAGAAAAUACAGAUUUCUGAAGAUAAAAACAAAUCAAAUAGCCUAGAAGUUCUUUAUUUAAUAAAUCCUGAAGAAACUGAAAUCAAAGAAGUUACUGAGGAUGCUACAAGCUCUGGCACAAAAGAAACAAACCUUAUACAAGAUAAAAAUGAUGAGUUGGUUAACACCAAUGAUUUAUCCCAGAGUACACAUUUACUGGAUGAUAAGAAAAUACAUAGUUCUGAUGACAAAAACAAGUCCAGUAGCAUAGAAAUUCUUAAUUUAACAAACACUGACAAAAAAGAGAUGAAAGAAGUUUUUGAGGAUGCUAUAUGCUCUAACGCAAAAGAAACAAACCUGAUACAAGAUAAAAAUGAUGAGUCAGUUAACCCUAAUGAGUUAUCCCAGAUUACUCAUUUACUGGAUGAUGUUGAAAACAGUGUUGUUGAUCUGAAAGAAGAUUUAAUUAUCAAAGGGGAUCCGUCAUGUAAAGAAAUGUUAGAGGCGCAAACGACACAAGAUGCUCUCCCAUCUUCUAAUUUACAUGUGGCCAAAGACAAUGGGUUAGGAAACUUAAGCAUGGAAGUACACCUGAGUCAAUCUUCCUGCAAUAGUAUACAGCCAGUUUCAGAUGAAAGACAUACUGAUAGUGAAUCUCCUGCUAAGAAAAUACAUUGUUCUGAAGACAAAAACACAUCCAACUGCAUAGAAAUUCUUGAUGUAACAACCCCUGAAGAACCUGAAAUGGAAGAAGUUUUUGAGGAUGCUACAAGCUCUGACACAAAAGAAACAAAUCUAUUACAAGAUCAAAAUGAUGAGUCAGUUAAUCUCAAUGUAUUAUCCCACAGCACACCUUCACUGGAUGAUGUUGAAAACAGUGUUGUUGAUCUGAAAGAAGAUUUAAUUAUCAAAGGGGAUCCGUCAUGUAAAGAAAUGUUAGAGGUGCAAACAACACAAGAUGUCCUCCAAUCUUCUGACUUACAAGUGAUCAAUGUACAUGGGAUAGAAAACUUGAGCAUGGAAAUACACCUGAGUCAAUCUUCCUGCAAUAGUACAGAGCCAGUUUCAGAUGAAAGACAUACUGAUAGUGAAUCACCUGCUAAGAAAAUACAUUGUUCUGAUGACAAAAACACAUCCAACUGCAUAGAAAUUCUUGAUGUAACAACCCCAGAAGAACCUGAAAUGGAAGAAGUUUUUGAGGAUGCAACAAGCUCUGACACAAAAGACACAUACCUUUUACAAGAUCAAAAUGAUGAGUCAGUUAACCUCGAUGUAUUAUCCCAGAGCACACCUACACUGGAUGAUGUUGAAAACAGUGUUGUUGAUCUGAAAGAGGAUUUAAUUAUCAAAGGGAAUCCGUCAUGUAAUGAAAUGUUAGAGGCGCAAACAACACAAGAUACUCUCCCAUCUUCUAAUUUACAUGUGGCUAAUGACAAUGGGGUAGGAAACUUAAGCAUGGAAGUACACCUGAGUCAAUCUUCCUGCAAUAGUACAGAGCCAGUUUCAGAUGAAAGACAUACAGAUAGUGAAUCUCCUGCUAAGAAAAUACAUUGUUCUGAAGACAAAAACACAUCCAACUGCGUAGAAAUUCUUCAUGUAACAACCCCAGAAGAACCUGAAAUGGAAGAAGUUUUUGAGGAUGCAACAAGCUCUGACACAAAAGACACAUACCUUUUACAAGAUCAAAAUGAUGAGUCAGUUAACCUCGAUGUAUUAUCCCACAGCACACCUUCACUGGAUGAUGUUGAAAACAGUGUUGUUGAUCUGAAAGAGGAUUUAAUUAUCAAAGGGAAUCCGUCAUGUAAUGAAAUGUUAGAGGCGCAAACAACACAAGACGCUCUCCCAUCUUCUCAUUUACAUGUGGCCAAAGACAAUGGGUUAGGAAACUUAAGCAUGGAAGUACACCUGAGUCAAUCUUCCUGCAAUAGUACAGAGCCAGUUUCAGAUGAAAGACAUACUGAUAAUGAAUCUCCUGCUAAGAAAAUACAUUGUUCUGAAGACAAAAACACAUCCAACUGCAUAGAAAUUCUUGAUGUAACAACCCCUGAAGAAACCUGAAAUGGAAGAAGUUUUUGAGGAUGCUACAAGCUCUGACACAAAAGAAACAUACCUUUUACAAGAUCAAAAUGAUGAGUCAGUUAACCUAGAUGUAUUAUCCCACAGCACACCUUCACUGGAUGAUGUUGAAAACAGUGUUGUUGAUCUGAAAGAAGAUUUAAUUAUCAAAGGGGAUCCGUCAUGUAAAGAAAUGUUAGAGGCGCAAACGA